CAAAAAAUCUUUUAUUAUACGUCGGUGUGUCUGGCCAGCAAAGUGUGCAGCUCGUCGGUUCGUCGGACCUGUGCAUAGAAAAAUACAAUUCAAGAAAAAAAGAAGAAACAAAAAUUAUAAAAAAAAAACUUUUUUUCCUAAUCACCGUUGUGUAUAAACAAAAUAAAAUAAGUUUUCUUUUUUAUUUCUGUGUUCAAGUGCAAAGUGCAUCAACAUUUCACGAAAUAUUUACAUUCUCACGAGAUAAAAAAGUAAUUACCUACAAAAAGAAGAAAAAAAAAAUUCUCACAUCUUCAAGAAGUGCAAACUGUGUGGAAGAAAAAAAAAAGAAGAUACACAGUUUGAAAUUUUGAAGUUCUUUUUUUUGUGUCUUUCUCCUGUCUCCCGUCUUCCAUUCAAUUCUUUUAAAUGAAACGAUGCGAUAAUCGAUUUAGUGUGUGUCGUUUUUGUUAAAUCAGUGUAAGUGUGUGUGUUAGUCGGUGUUCAGCGCGGCAUAAAUUUUCUCACUCGCUCUCUCGCUCUUUGUGUAAGUGUGUUUGCAUUUUUGUCUCUCUCUCUGUCUUCUAUCUUCCUCGUCUACGGCUGUGUUCACGGUUCACGCGCGGUGACACACAAACACUUGUGCAUUAUAUAAACUAAGGAAGAGGCAAUCAAAAGAGGAUCGACAAGAAAAACCAACAAAAAAAAAAGUUUUUCAAUCUACCUAUAAAAAUAUUUUUCUUACCACCUCCUUGUCACUUCCAAUUAUUAUCUAUUUUCUCGGUUUUCCUCAUGCAAAACAAAAGAAAUUAACAGUUAUAUUAUUAUUAUCACGGUUGUUAUUGUUUUCGAAAACAAUAAAAAUGUCAUUUUUUACUAUUCUGAUUCUGAUUCUGCCGAUAAUGGCUGUGUCCAGUGAGUGGUGAUAAAAGAAUUUACAAAAAAAGGACUAUUAGAGCAUAGGGUGUCUCGUUAAAAAGCAAAGUCAUACAAAAUUUACUUCCCAUUUGCUUGCUGAUAGGAAUCGCAAUAAUUCACGUGCUUUCUUCACAUUGAAAUAAUUCAAGAGAAAAGCGGAAAAACACAUAAAAAGUAAAAAAUACAAAAAGCAGUUUGAGUUAGUCGCCUUCGCUUCCACCACCACCACCAUCAACAUUAACACCACUGCCACUGCCAGCGAGUUUAUGCCCCCGCCAUCCACAACCACAACCACUACCCCUUUCCAAAUGAAAGAAGUGCAAAAAAAGAUGCAAAAUUAAUUCAAAGAAAUUGAAAUAAGAUUCAAAUAAAAAAAGGAAAAAUGUUUCUCGUGUACAAUUCUCUUUAAAAUUUCGUUUCAUCUGGAAGCGUAACCGUUUAGUUUUCUUUUUUGUUGUUCUGGUAUCUUAUGCCUAUUUAUGCGUUUUAAUUUCCAUGCAACUUAUAUAGAAUUUCUGUAUUGACGUGUAGCUCUAUAUAAAUAGGUAUAUACCUACAUAUAUGUACACCGAGUCGAUAUAGUGCCACCACAUCGGACAGCGCCAAGCUUCACCGCAUCGACCAUCGUACGUCGCUCGUCGCCCAUCUCCAUUGAUAUAGGAAAGAGGAACCAGAAACAAGCAAAGGCAAUCUAAACGAUCGUUUUUUUGUUGUUGUUCUUUUUGAAAUUAUUGACCCCACUAUUGUCGCUGCUGCCAUCGUCAUCGUGCAGGGCGUCGUUUAAUCGCGUCGCCGCCGCAGCCUCAAGUUAAAUGGCUAAGAUGGAUGUCGACGAUGUGGUCGACUUGAGUUUAGGUUCGGGAAGAGAUUCUCUUACAAUAACACAAGCGACCGUUAGAGAUCUUCGUGCAUUGACACAGAAUGCUGGUUUAACAAUAACCCCCGCACCGCCCCCGCUAAAUAAUUUCGUCGAACAACAAGAUGAGAAUAAAGUACAACGGAGAGUGUUACGUCCCCGAACUGAACCCAAAUCAUAUGCUGAAGCACCUGAUAUUGUGCUAUUGCCGGCCCGUGUCAAUGGCCGGGCUCAAAAUGGAAAUAUCGAUUCAGAGACUGACGAUGAAGAAAUGCCACCAUACUAUCCGAUAAAGGAACUCACGCCAGCUGAGCUGAGGGAGCGUGAAAAAGGAUUACGGAAAUUGCGAGAAGAUCUGCGUAACGAAGAAACCAAAUUGGUCCUGCUAAAAAAGCUGAAACAAUCGCAACAUGUUAUGAAGGAAAAUCUGGUGGUGACACCAACGAAUGUCUCACCAACAACAAACAAUAACAAUCCUCUAGCUUCGAUUCCAGCUGCCCUGACAAAAGGAUCAUUGAGUGUGACGCCGACGAAUGUAGUGCCACUUGCUGCCCAUUCAAAAGGACGACCUUCUCCUGUUCUCAAUCUAAACUUUAAUCAAAUUUGCAGUAACAACAACACAAGUAUCAGUCGUUGUCAGCCCCCAUCUGGUCGGGCGAAUACGACUAUACUCCCGCCGCCACGCUCAUCGCUACCAGGUGGAGCAACUUUGACAGCUGGUAGUAGUUCAUCGUCGGCGCAUCGGACAAGCUCGAUAUUGCCUAGAACCGGAUCGAAUCUCACCAUAACACCAUCAGUAACAAUAACACCCACAUCUGCACCACCAUCGGGAAUUAAACCACGCAAUCUAAGUAUUUCGGAUAAUUCAAAGGUAUCUUCUGGAUCUAUAAGUAAUUCUGUGUCCAUAACCCCUGCCCCACCAUUGCUUUCGCAACAACAGCAGUCGCAUCAACAGCAACAACAACAGCAGCAGCAUAAUGAGCUUAAGAGUGACCGCUCAUCGACGAGAGAAGAAGUUCAAAGUCCCGCUCAAAGACAGGCAGCCGCCAAAUUAGCAUUAAGAAAACAGUUGGAAAAAACUCUUCUUCAAAUACCACCCCCAAAACCUCCACCACCAGAAAUGCAUUUCAUACCGAAUCCAAGCAAUACGGAGUUCGUAUACCUACUGGGCUUAGAGACCGUGGUUGAUUAUCUUAUGACAAAGGACAAGAAACCGUCGACUGUACUUCCGCCAUUUAGAUGUGCGCAGUGUAAGAUUGACUUCACCCCUGUUUGGAAAUGGGAGAAGCAAGGUAAUAAGGAUCCUAAAGUUAUUUGUGAACAAUGUGUGACGACAAAUGUUAAGAAGGCUCUCAAAGCAGAGCAUACCAACCGACUGAAACAAGCUUUUGUUAAAGCUUUGCAACAAGAGCAAGAAAUUGAACAAAGGCUUGCAACACAAAGUAGUCCAUCGCCAGUAGAUUCUCAUGCUUCGCAUUCUUCGACGCCGGUUCCGCCCCCUUCAUCGAUGAUAAUGAUACCGACUAAAUGUCAAACACCAACACCGACUCCUACACCAACGCCGCGCCCAACACCACCACCACCUAGUAGUCAGCCGACACCACCACCGCCGCCACCAACAACACCGCGAUCUUCGCGCCAGCAGCAUUACGAUCUAAGUCCAAGUACUCCCUCUCCGAGUCCGAUGUCAGUAGCAGCAGCGGCUGCUGCUGCGGCUGCGGCGGCUGCAGCGUCAGUUUCAGCUCAACAACUACAACAGCAACAAUUGCAGCAUCAACAACAAUUGCAACAACAACAGCAGCAGUUGCAACAACAAGCUCUUCAACUUCAACAACAGCAGCAAAGAGAGCAACAACUUCAGCAAAGAGAGCAACAGCUGCAAGCAAGGGAACAGCAGCAACAACAGCAGAGGGAAGCGCAAAGAGAAGCGCAAAGAGAGGCGCAAAGAGAGGCUCAAAGGGAGGCUCAAAGGGAAGCACAAAGAGAGCAGCAGAGAGAACAACAGAGAGAACAACAACGAGAACAGCAAAGGGAACAACAGCGAGAACAACAACAACAGCAACUGCAACAGCAGCAAAGAGAAGCCCAGCAGCAACAACAUCAACAACAGCAACAGCAGCAGCACCAACAACAGCAGCAACAACAACAACAGCAGCAACAGCAAUUCUCACAAACAGCGGCGGCAGCAGCCGCUGCAGCAGCUCAACUUAAUGCACUUGGAAGUUUGCCGGGUCUAAAUAAUCUAGCCGGCUUAGGAAGUCUAGGUAACCUGGGCAAUGUAGGUAACCUAAGCAAUCUUGGAAGCUUAGCCAAUAAUUCACCUGCUGCAACAGCCGCUGCAAUGCAAGUUUUCCAACAGCAGCUAUUUAGAGCUUUGGCCGGCUCCAAUCCGCAGAAUAUGAUGCAGUUACCUUUUCUGUACUCGUACCAAAUGGCAAUUGCACAAGCACAAGCAGCUGCUUUCAAUAACAAGAAAAACGUCUCAUCUAGUAAGAACGGUCCUAGUUUAGCAGAUAUUCAACGUGCAGCAGAAAUGCAACGACAGUAUUUACUCGAAAUGAUCCCUCCCCAAGCGCCGGGACCGAGCAACAGUCGUCAAAACAAUUGGAAGACCUAAAAAUACCAAGUUGUUUACUAACCCGACAAUUAGAAUACAGCACAACAUCCAUAAAUAAAAUAAAUAUAUAAAGCAAUAGAAUUAAAACAAAUCAUACCAUGUCCCACAUUCUCCAACCAAAAAAUGGACAAGGAAUACAUCGGGAAACUGUUUUCAAAAGAAAAACAAACAACACAAAAUUAAACAAAAAAAAAAUAAACAAAAUAAUUGCAAACAAACCAACAAAUGCAAUUAAUCAUUUAUGAACUUUUAAUAAUUUCUCAAAACAAAAACAAAAGUUAAAUUUUGUUUCUAGUUUGCUUGAUUAAAUUAAAUUUUUCAUUCAAUCAGAAACAUUAAUAUUACGUUAAUUAUAGCUCAAUUCAGAUGCAAAACAUACUAUAAAUACAAAAACAGAAAAUAAAAAAGAUGCAAGUGAACAUUAAGUUUUCUAAGUAAUGUAAUUAUAUAUAAUAUAUUGAUAUAUAUAUAUUGAUAGAAUUUUAUAUUUAUAUGUAAAUGUAUUGAUGUAUGAAUGAAUUAUAAAGUUUAUUUGGUUUUGUUUUUUAUUAUUCAAAUAACAAACAAACAAAAAAAUAAAAUGCAAAACAAAACCUAAGUAGUUAUAAACUUAUUUGAUAGUAAUUUUAGAAAAUAAACUUGCACUGUAAUUAUUAUUAUUACCAUACUUUAAUUUUUUAAUUGAAUUUUAUUUAUUUUAAAUAAAACAAAAAAUAAAGAAAAGCACGCACUUAUAAACACGACAAAAACAAACUACUGAUAAAAAGAGAAAAUAGUUUGUAAACAAAAUAUAAAUCAAAAACAGUAAACUAAACAUUUUUACAGGCUAACUACAAAAUAAACAAACAAAAAAACAAAAACAAUUUAAAAUUAAAUUAAAUAAAUCUUAGUUAAUAUUAGUUAUGUUUUUUCAUUACAAUGUAAUUGUUAUUUCUUUUUAUGUAAAUUAUUACAAUUUAUUAUAAUUAAAAAUCUUAGUACGAUAAAUAAUUUUCCAAAAAAAAUUAAAUACAAAAAUAAAAAUAAAAUGUUUUGCUUCUCGAUCGUACAAAUUAAUUUUUAAUUCAUUUAAUUAACAAUAGACAAAUGUUUUAUUUUUAAUUACAAACAAAAAAAUAUGGAUAUUAAUUUUAUGAAAAAAAAAGAAGAAUUUCUACCAGAUUUUAAACAAACAACAAAAAAUACAUAAAAAACAUAAUAGAUUUUUUUGUUAUAGAAAAUAUAGUUAUCCAAGACAUACAAAAAUAUUCAAUCAUCAAAUAAAUAAACAAACAAAACUUAUGAAAAUAAUUGGUAAACAAUACAUUAAAAAUUUCUUAAAUCAAAUCAAACAAAAAAUUGAUACCACCAUAUUUUUAUUUGCUAAAAAACCUUAAAACGGAAAUUUAAAAUAAUUUUUUUUUAAAUUUACUUUAUUUCAAAAACAAUCGAUGCCUUAGUUUUUCAUUAUAUGUAUUUUUUUUUCGUUAACUGCCUGUUUUGUUAAAUUAAAUGUUUUUGAAAAAAAAAAAGAAUUAAUUCUUUUGUAUGUUUCGAUUUAUAUAGAAAAUAAUUUGUGUAUGCCAUUGGCAAAUAAAUUUGAUGAAAGAAUUUUUUCAUAUUAUGUUUAUUAUUUUUAGUUAUGUUUUAAUUUUAGCCUAAGUGUAGUAGAUCUUUUUAAAACUUGUAAAUAAGAAAAUACCGGUGUUUUAAAAUAAUAAAUAUAAAAAAAUUAUACGUUUUUUGUUUUGUUUUGAUUUUAUUUUUAUAUUCUUUUUUCUGCUAUGCAAUGUAUUAGAUGAUUUUUAUCAAAAGAAAGUGGGGAUCCAUAGUUCUGGAAAACACAAUAAUAAACCUGACUUUAAGGGGGGAAUUUAAAUUAUAUUUUUAAACGAGUAAUAUUGCUUCUUAGGUAUAUUUUUUCCUAAAGAGGGUUGAAGUGAAUAUGAAUUAAAAGUCAAUUCCUUUCAUUAAAUUAAAAAUCUAGUAGUAAUCGUGGCUUGAUGGUUAGUGCGUUGGAAUGUCAUACCAGAGGUCUUGGGUACGAUCCCUGCCUAUGCCCUCUUAAAUUUUUUUAACGGGUGACGCCCCUUGCGAGAAAUUGACACAUCCUCUAAGAGUAAUUCUUGUCGUGAAAAGUGCUUUCUCAAAUUAGCCGUUCGGAUUUGGCUUAAAACUGUAGGUCCCCUCUAUUCCUGACAACAGUACUCGCACACAGGAUUGGUUGAGAGUUGUAAGUCACUAGGCCCUAGUUCUCAUCUUACUGUUGGGCCACCCAAUUUAUUUUAUGUUUAAAUUAAAAAUCUACGUGAACCAUCACUAUAUUCCCUUCUAGUUCCAAUUUUAGACCUGUCACUGUAAUUUUGUAUUCUUUACAAUCACUCAAAUCUACCUACCUAUCUUGUACUCGACGGGCUAAGACCAUCUUAAUUUGUUUAUUUUUAUAGAUAAGUUAUCUUCAGUUUUUAUUCUUGCAAUGCGAAAAAAGAAGCGUGGAUUGAUAAACUAUUUUAAAACUAAAAACUGAUCUAGUGUGUUCAAACUUUCGAGGAUUUAAUCCAUGAGAUUAUCUCCCUUCAUAUUCCAAAGUAUCCCUUUAACAACUGAAGGAAUUUUCUCAAGGUUUUAUUAGGUUCGGGUUAUGAUACUACAACAUUUUAUAUAUUUGGUUGUUUUUUAUUUCUGUGGACAGAGGUGGUAGAAAAGUUUUAUUUUUUGCAUAUGAUACCUAAAUUGAAUUACACUUUUUUUUUACAAUAAAACCAAAAAUCCUAUAAUAUGCCAUAAUAAUUAUUAUUUUCGUUUUGUUUAAAUUAAUUGACUAGUUAUACAAAUACAUAUUAUAUAUAUGAAUUGCAAAACUUAACAAAAUAUGAACGUUGUUUAAUGUGUCAAUUAUUAAAAAUAGCUAAUAGAUUGAAUGAUAAAGAAAUAAAAAAAACGAAAGAGAAUUAUUAUUAUUAACAAAAGAAAACCUAUUUAUUUUAGUUCUUCCCACUAUAUACACAAAUACGUAAAUUAUUUGGAAAUCAAUCAAAUUGGAAUCAGAAAUGUAUCAAACAGUAAUAAAUAUAUUGAUCUUGUCUUGAUUAAAUUAUAUUUUUUAAGUAAUCUACUUAUUUUUUGACUAUCUAUACAUAAACAAAAACAUUGUGAAAAUAAUCCACGGCUUGUAAGCGCUUAUUUGUUUAAAAUGUGUUCUCAAGAUUUGUCCAAUUACCAAUAAAAAUAUAUAAAGAAAAGUAGAAAAAGUUCUGACCACCUACAAAGUCUUUGGGUAGUUAUAGAAUACUCAACUAAACUCUUGAACAAAAAUAGCUAACAGAAGGGAUUAAAUGCGAGUAGAAAUUAAGGCGAUGUAAAACUGUCUACCGACAUUAAUUGGUGCGAUAUUUGAUCCUGAUUUACUUAGUGUACAACGGUUAACAAGCCAGUUUUUUUUUGUUACCAUCUCCAAUUUAAAAAGUUAAGGCCCUUAUUACCAGAAGCGAAUCGAACGUUCAACUGAAAGCGAACGUUUUUGAAAUCACUCACUUCGUGAAUAUCAUUUCAGUAUUCACCUCAAAACUUAACUUGUUUGGAAAAAGAGAUGUUAACCCAUCUGAACGUCGAAAUACACCCAUCUUAAUUUUGCUAUAUAUUGGAUAUCGCAAACGUUCGUUUUAAGUCGAACGUUCAAUUCGCUUCCUGUAAUAAGGGCCUAAUACUCCUUUCUUUGGCUACUAGUUUUCCCAUAUAGAAUUUCUAACUUUCAACGACGUCGUCCUUACCCUUCAAAGUAAAACCGACAAAUUCUGAUAAACUACACUAAGACCAUUUGGUUUCACAAGUAUAAAGCUAUGCAUAGUAUGAUUUUGGAAACAGACCUAGACAAAUCUCCUUUUCUCUAUACAUUUUUGAAACUUUUUGAACAAAACAAGCGCCUUUAGAGAAAUAACUAAGCCGUGUUAUUUACUUAAUUUUAUAUAUUUUUGAACCCAAACUAACUAUUUAUUACCUAAAUUCAAACUUCUUAAGUAUUUAAUACAUUUUUUAAUUAAAAAAAUUGUUUAGUAUGUCGCUUACCUUAAAAUUAAUCCAAUCACAAAAUAAAUGUACAUGAAUUACAUAUUUUUCAACAAACAAAAAAAAAAAUAUAAAUCUUUUUAGAAUUUAGAACAAAAAUAAAAAUCUCCACUUAGCACCUAAGUCUUAAACGUAAAUCAUUAAAUCGCAUAUUAAAUUCAAAAUAUAUAUGUAUGCCGAAAAAUUCAAAAUACAUAAUAAUUUAACUAAAUAUUUUUAAAAAAUAAGUUUAAAUGUAAAUUCUUAUAUACGAGGCUUAUUUAAUAAUUUAAGAAAUACAAAAUUUAUACAAAAGAGCAAAACAAAACAAAACCAAAAAAAAAAGAGAACAACAAUUUUAAAUAAAACGAAAAAGCAUCGAAAUGUAAAUAAAACUAUUUUGUAUUUUGACUGAGUAUUUUGAAACAAAAUUUAAAAUAUAAAUCUAUGAAAUCAAGUCGCAAAAUGUAUUAUUAUAUUUUAUUUUCUCAAACCUUAAACUAAAAUUGUAAGAAAAA